AUGAGUGAAAUCUUUUUAGACGAUUUGGGAACUCUCAUUGCAGAGCCACCUAACAAGACUUUGCUCCCGUUUCCAACGGAUCAGCAGGAUGCAAACUUCGAACUUGGAGUUUCAAUGAUAAUCCACGGUUGGUACACACUCACAACGGCCGUUGACAACUUGUGGGGAGGCCCCCAGUCUGCUGAAAAGAGAGACUGGAUUUCCGGAGUUGUUGUUGAUGAAUUUUUGAACAACCAGGAAAUCGAUAUAAUAUACAUCCAUGAACUGUUGUGUGGGGUAAUGGAAGAUGAGUUUGAUACCGUGAUAGAAGAUCAAUCGACCAUUCCGGUUGCACAGAAAAUAAUAAACUGUUAUAAACAGUGCCAGGACCAGCAGUUUGAUGACAUCAAAGCAAUGUACUCGAAGUGGUUGGCUAAGCAACAGCAGAAUACACAGAAGAUCGUUGCAAACAUUGUGAACGAUCCAUUGAAUCCUGAUGUGAGUGACGAUGACGAAGACGAAAACGAAGGUGAUGACGAUGUUGAAAUGGACUACGAUACAGUCGAGCUGGUCCAAGAAACGAGACGAAAGCAAGAGCCAGUGGUAGAUGAAGAUGGGUUUACUAUUGUGAGUAACAAAAAGGGAGGACGCUAG